AUGAAGUUCACCAUCGCCGCUGCAGCUACCACUCUCGCUCUUGCCACGGGCAUCAGCGCCCUCCCUGCCCCCGCUUCCCAAAUCACCAUUCGCAUCUUCAACGACCAAAGCGGUGCGAACGCCGAAGCCACCGUACCCGUCGACAACGUUCCGCGCAACGUGGUUGACCUCUUCCGCAGCACUGCCAUUGACAGCGCAGGCAACAUCUUCGGCACCUCGGCUCAGCUCACCAAGUUCUCGGAUACCAGCAAGUGUACCCUGGUCAAUGUCAAUGUGAGGGAUUGGAAGAUUGAGCUAGACGGACGCGCCAAGAACUUUGUGGAUCUAGAUGGAGAUAAAACCAAGGCGGUGCCGAUCUGGCUUGGUGGUUUCACCUUCCAGUGCUCUCAGGCUUAGAGGAUAGGGUCAGUCAGGAUCUGGGGGCAGAUUGGUGUUGCUUUGAAUUUUGUCACUCAUUCAUAAUUGCAUUGCAAACUUUCGCAUUGUAGGGGUUUGGUAGCGCUUGAGAUUUUGUUCGGAGUUAUACUUUUCACGCGGUAUUUGCACUAGACUAGACAUAUUUAAUUCAGUUACCCCUG